AGGAGGAGGAGGGAGGGUUGAAGAGAGGAAUAUAGUUUGGUAAGUUGAUAUUUUUGGGAGCAGUGGUACAAGUGAAAGGAGGUGACCAGGUUUGACUGUGAGGGGGAAGGAGGGCUUCUUUACUGGUCUACGACGUUUUCCUUCUAUUUCAUACGGCUUUUAGUUUUAUCCCUUUCGAUCCGAAAUUCAAGGCAACUGUUGUGGUUUUUUUGUUCUUUUGGUUAAGACUUGCCGACUUGGGAGUGAGGAGGAUAAUGGAUGGAUUGAAGUUGAGUUGAGUUUGAGUUGGGUUGUGUUUGUGACUGGAAGCUCUGUAAGCUCUGUGUUGUAGAAUCCAUCUGACUCUCCCAGGGCCAGGCCGACAUUUCUGAACAUCGUACCCACGUUCCUCAAUAAUAACGGACUCUGAUUUUGGACUUACCAGAUCUGUAAAUGGAAGAGUAAGGAGGAGGAGGAAGAAGAGGAAGAGGAAGUGGAAAAGAAGGAAAAGAUGAAGAGAGGGUGGAGGGCAUCGUGGUCCGAAGAGCAUGGGGUUGGCCUGUUUUGCUUUCUGUUGCUGCUAAUGGCGUCAGACGCCAAAGAUUUGUCUGAUGAUGAUGAUGAUGUGGUGGGGUUAUUGGCUUUCAAGUCCUCCUCCGUCGUGUCCGAUCCCACUGGGUUCUUGAGUGAUUGGAGUCAUGAUUCUCCCCGUCCCUGCGCGUGGAGGGGCGUCUCGUGCUCCUCCAGUGGCCGGGUGGUUGCGCUCGACCUCACCAACGCUGGCCUGGUUGGUUCUCUCCAGCUUUCUCGACUUUUGGCGCUUGAAAAUCUUCGACACGUCCAUUUUCACGGCAAUCACUUCUCGGAGGGCGACCUCUCCCGGUCCUACAGGGGCUCUUGCAAGCUUGAGACCUUAGAUUUGUCCGCUAACAACUUGACGCUUCCGCUUGCAGGACCACCUCUCCUGUUGGGUUGCCAACGCCUUGCUUCCCUCAACCUCUCCCGCAAUUUUAUCCCCGGAGGCAGUCUCGCCUUCGGCCCUUCUCUGCUCCAGCUCGACCUUUCCCGCAAUAAAAUUUCUGAUUCAGCUUUCGUCGACCACUUUCUCUCCAACUGUCAGAAUUUGAAUCUUUUCAAUCUCUCCGAUAAUAAGCUUGCUGCCAAACUGAGCGCCUCCUCUCUCUCUCCCUGCAAAAACCUCUCCACCCUUGACCUCUCUUACAAUCUCUUGUCUGGGGAGAUGCCCGUGGGCCAUUCAUCACCCCCGUCUCUGAGGCUUCUGGAUCUCUCUCACAACAACUUCUCUGCUAAAUUAUCCAGCAUUGAGUUUGGGGAAUGUGGGAAUCUUACUGUGCUCGAUCUGUCCCACAAUGAUUUCUCUGGCACCGACUUCCCACCCAGCCUGAGAAAUUGCGAGCUUCUUGAGACGCUUGACCUUUCUCAUAAUGUGCUAGAGUACAAGAUCCCAGGGGACUUGUUGGGGAACCUCAGGAAUUUGCGGUGGUUGUCGCUGGCCCAUAAUCGUUUCAUGGGUGAGAUUCCCCCAGAACUGGCUGCAACUUGUGGGACUCUGCAGGGGCUGGACCUUUCUGCAAACAACCUUUCUGGUGGGUUCCCUUUGACUUUUGCAUCCUGCUCGUCUCUGGUUAGCCUCAACCUGGGCAACAAUAGGCUGUCCGGGGAUUUCCUUACCAUGGUCAUCAGUACUCUCCCCAGUUUAAAAUAUCUCUAUGUCCCCUUCAACAACCUAACUGGUUCUGUACCCCUGUCCCUGACGAACUGCACUCAAUUGCAAGUGCUUGAUCUCAGUUCUAAUGCCUUCACGGGGACCUUUCCUCCUGGCUUCUGCUCUGAUGCAUCCCAGUCAGUCCUUGAGAAGAUUCUCUUGGCCGACAAUUUCCUCUCAGGGACAGUUCCCUUGGAGCUCGGAAACUGCCAGAAACUGAGGUCAAUUGAUCUUAGCUUCAACAACUUGAGUGGCCCAAUUCCUUAUGAAAUUUGGACCCUACCAAAUCUUUCUGAUCUGGUUAUGUGGGCAAACAACCUCACUGGUGAAAUCCCAGAAGGCAUUUGCAUUAAGGGAGGAAAUUUAGAGACCCUGAUUCUCAACAACAAUCGGAUAAAUGGAACUAUUCCACUCUCCCUUGCCAACUGCACAAAUUUGAUAUGGGUUUCACUUGCCAGCAACCAGCUUACCGGAGAAAUCCCUGCUGGUAUUGGAAAUCUCCAUAACCUUGCUGUCCUCCAAUUGGGUAACAAUACACUUAAUGGACGGAUCCCCUCAGAGCUUGGAAAGUGCCAAAAUCUCAUUUGGCUCGAUUUAAACAGCAAUGGUUUUAGUGGUUCAGUACCAUCUGAGCUCGCCAGUGAAGCUGGCCUAGUCACGCCUGGACUUGUUUCAGGGAAGCAGUUUGCAUUCGUGAGAAAUGAGGGUGGGACAGCUUGCAGAGGUGCUGGAGGACUUGUUGAAUUUGAGGGCAUCCGGUCGGAGAGACUGGCAAGUUUUCCUAUGGUUCACUCUUGCCCAUCAACCAGAAUCUACUCUGGUGUAACGGUUUACACGUUUUCGAGCAAUGGCAGCAUGAUCUACCUUGAUCUCUCCUACAAUUCCUUGUCGGGAACUAUACCUCAAAGUUUUGGUUCUUUAAACUAUUUGCAGGUCUUGAAUUUGGGACACAACCAGCUAACUGGAAAUAUACCUGACAGCCUGGGAGGUUUGAAGGCAAUUGGAGUCUUGGAUCUCUCUCAUAAUAACCUUCAAGGAUACAUCCCCGGAGCACUAGGGUCUCUCUCAUUUCUCAGUGAUCUUGAUGUGUCGAACAACAACCUCACUGGUCCAAUCCCUUCUGGAGGGCAGUUGACCACUUUCCCAGCCUCCAGAUAUGAUAACAAUUCUGGCCUUUGCGGAGUUCCUUUACCCCCUUGUGGCUCUGAUGCUGGAGAUCACCCCCAGGCAAGCUCUUAUAGUCGAAAAAGGAAACAGCAGGCUGUGGCUGCAGAAAUGGUCAUUGGCAUCACCGUCUCACUUUUCUGUAUCUUUGGCCUUACAUUGGCUCUUUACAGGAUGAGGAAGAACCAGCGGACGGAGGAACAGAGAGAUAAAUAUAUUGAAAGUCUUCCAACUUCUGGUAGCAGCAGCUGGAAACUUUCUAGUGUUCCUGAGCCUCUGAGCAUCAAUGUUGCCACAUUUGAAAAACCUCUGAGGAAGCUGACUUUUGCCCAUCUCCUUGAAGCUACCAAUGGCUUCAGUGCUGAAAGUUUAAUUGGAUCUGGAGGGUUUGGUGAGGUCUACAAGGCCCAACUGAGAGAUGGAUGUGUUGUUGCGAUCAAGAAGCUUAUUCAUGUCACAGGACAGGGAGACAGAGAAUUUAUGGCAGAAAUGGAAACCAUUGGAAAGGUAAAGCAUCGGAACCUAGUUCCUUUGUUGGGUUACUGCAAAAUUGGGGAGGAGAGGCUUCUUGUAUAUGAGUACAUGAAAUGGGGGAGUUUGGAGGCUGUUCUUCAUGAUAGGGCCAAAGGAGGGGUCUCCAAUCUUGACUGGGCAGCAAGAAAGAAGAUUGCCAUUGGGUCAGCAAGAGGUCUUGCAUUCCUUCAUCACAGCUGCAUACCUCACAUUAUCCACCGAGACAUGAAGUCUAGCAAUGUUCUUCUAGAUGAAAACUUUGAGGCCAGGGUGUCUGAUUUUGGCAUGGCAAGAUUGGUGAAUGCCCUAGACACUCAUCUCAGUGUGAGCACCCUUGCAGGGACUCCGGGGUAUGUUCCACCAGAAUACUACCAGAGUUUCAGGUGCACAACAAAAGGGGAUGUAUACAGCUACGGUGUUGUUUUGCUGGAGCUUCUCUCAGGCAAGAGGCCAAUAGAUUCAUUGGAGUUUGGUGAUGACAACAACCUUGUUGGGUGGGCAAAGCAGCUUCAAAGGGAAAAAAGAAGCAAUGAGAUAUUGGACCCUGAGUUGAUGACGCAGAAAUCUGGGGAGGCUGAACUGUUCCAGUACCUAAAUAUUGCCUUUGAGUGCCUAGACGACAGGCCGUUCCGACGGCCAACCAUGAUUCAGGUGAUGGCGAUGUUUAAAGAGCUUCAUGUUGAUACAGAAAGUGAUAUCCUAGAUGGUUUCUCACUGAAAGACACGGUUGUUGAGGAAUUAUGAAAGAGAGAAACUUAGCUUAUGAAAUAUGAAUCUAACCAUCCAAAAAAGGUUGUGCCCUUGCCAUCCCAGCCCGGCAUGUGACCAAGCUGCGGCUGCACAGGUGUGGUGACAAUGAUUUGAACAUCUGAAUUGGAUACAGGUUAAUUCUUCACAUUUUGCCUGCUGUAAAUAAUAGAACACUGAAGGAGACAGAAGUUGAAGAAAACCAUGGGGAGAGCAAACAGAAGGGAUUUCUCAGUUGCUUAAAGUGGGGUAACUUGCAUUGUGGUCAUUCUGUUACUAAAAAGUUUGAGAAUUUUGUCCCUUUCCAUAUGCUUCUGUUUCCUGUCACAGUUUUGCUAACUGAUGUGUUGCUAUUUGUUUUGUUACCGUUGUUAAUUGUUGUUGUUAAUAGAAAUCAGCGAAUGUGAGAAGUGAUAUCCUCUGAUAUUGUAAAGUUGUAGGCAGUUGCUUUGUUGGAAAAUGAAAUCAUAAAUUUAUCAUUUGGAAUACUAUGGAAUUACAUUGAUUAUGGAAUUUGGUGGGAUGUUCAUGUUGAUUC